AUGUGUGACACCUGGACACCCCCAAGUGAAGGAACCCCAUGUUGGGUUGAGAUCUUCGCCACUGACCUGGCUCGUGCUGAGAAGUUCUACUCAACCGUGUUCAACUGGCAGUUCAUCAAGGAUGGCCCUGGACGCACUGAAGACGUCGCGAUGUUCUCAUUCCCCGAGAAAGGGCUCAAGGGUAUGGGUGGUAACCUCUCCAAGAUCAAGCCCGGAGAGCACACCACCGGCCCGAAAACCGUCAAGUUGUACCUCUAUGUAGAGGACCUCGAGAAGACGAUGGAGAAAAUCAUUGCAAACGGGGGGAAGAAGUGCAGUGAUGUUCUUCCAGAAGGGGAUCACGGCCAAGUCAUGCAUCUUCAGGACUCGGAGGGGAAUGGCAUAGGUAUCUAUGCAACCAAGAAGCAGUAG